GUCCGUCAGGGCGCGGUGACGUGUCGGCGCCACCGCCCGGCCCGGGACGGGGCGGGGCGGGACCGGCGGUACCGACCCGGCCGCGGCCCUGCAGUCCCGCCAUGUUCAACGUGGAGAGCUUGGAGCGCGCCGAGCUCGGCGAGAGCCUGCUCACCUGGAUCCAAACAUUUAAUGUUGAGGCACCAUGCCAGACCGUGGAAGAUUUAACGAGUGGGGUUGUGAUGGCCCAGGUCCUUCAGAAAAUAGAUCCAGCUUAUUUUGAUGAAAAUUGGCUGAACAGAAUCAAAACGGAAGUGGGAGAUAAUUGGAGGCUAAAGGUAAGCAACCUGAAGAAAAUUUUAAAAGGAAUACUGGAUUACAACCAUGAGAUUCUAGGGCAACAGAUAAAUGACUUCACCCUUCCUGAUGUUAACCUGAUUGGAGAGCAUGCUGAUGCUGCGGAGCUUGGGAGAAUGCUUCAACUUAUUUUGGGAUGUGCUGUGAAUUGUGAACAGAAGCAAGAGUACAUCCAGACCAUAAUGAUGAUGGAAGAAUCAGUUCAACAUGUUGUCAUGACAGCCAUUCAGGAGUUGAUGAGUAAAGAGUCUCCAGUCUCUGUUGGAAAUGAUGCUUACGUUGACCUUGAUCGGCAGCUGAAGAAAACUACAGAAGAAUUAAAUGAAGCACUUGCAACAAAAGAAGAAAUUGCCCAGAGAUGUCAUGAGUUAGAUAUGCAGGUUGCAGCCCUCCAAGAGGAGAAGAGCAGCCUGCUUGCUGAGAACCAGAUUUUGAUGGAACGUUUAAAUCAAUCUGAUUCCAUUGAAGAUCCCAACAGUCCUGCCGGUCGUAGACACCUGCAGCUGCAGACACAGCUAGAACAGCUCCAAGAGGAAACAUUCAGAUUAGAAGCUGCAAAAGAUGACUAUCGAAUACGCUGUGAAGAACUAGAAAAGGAAAUUGCAGAAUUGAGACAGCAAACAGAAGAGCUUACCACACUGGCUGAGGAGGCUCAGUCUUUGAAGGAUGAGAUAGAUGUACUCAGGCAUUCUUCUGAUAAAGUAGCCAAGUUAGAAAGCCAGGUAGAGUCAUACAAAAAGAAAUUGGAGGACCUGGGUGAUUUGCGGCGGCAAGUGAAGCUUUUAGAAGAGAAGAAUACAAUGUACAUGCAAAAUACUGUGAGCCUGGAGGAAGAGCUAAGGAAGGCCAACGCAGCACGCAGUCAGCUGGAAACAUACAAAAGACAGGCAGUUGAACUACAAAACAGGUUAUCUGAAGAAUCCAAGAAAGCUGAUAAAUUAGAUUAUGAAUGCAAACGACUGAAAGAAAAAGUAGACAGCCUCCAAAAAGAAAAAGAUAGAUUAAGAACAGAAAGGGACUCUUUGAAAGAAACUAUUGAAGAACUUAGAUGUGUACAAGCUCAGGAGGGCCAACUCACCACUACAGGAUUGAUGCCUCUGGGAAGACAAGAGCCUUCAGACAGUUUAGCAGCAGAAAUCAUUACUCCUGAAAUAAAGGAGAAACUCAUCCGCCUUCAGCAUGAGAACAAGAUACUAAAAUUGAACCAAGAAGGUUCUGACAAUGAGAAGAUUGCCUUGUUGCAGAGCCUUCUUGAUGAUGCAAACUUACGGAAGAAUGAACUGGAGACAGAAAACAGAUUGGUAAAUCAGAGGCUUCUGGAAGUACAGUCCCAGGUUGAAGAACUACAGAAAUCUUUGCAGGAUCAAGGUUCAAAAGCUGAAGAUUCAGUUCUUCUGAAAAAGAAACUUGAAGAACAUCUAGAGAAGCUCCAUGAAGCUAACAAUGAACUACAGAAGAAACGAGCUAUUAUUGAAGAUUUGGAACCAAGAUGCAACAACAGUUCACUUAAAAUUGAGGAAUUACAAGAAGCUCUACGGAAAAAGGAGGAGGAAAUGAAACAAAUGGAAGAACGAUACAAAAAGUAUUUGGAAAAGGCCAAAAGUGUCAUCCGCACAUUAGAUCCUAAACAGAACCAGGGUGCUGCUCCUGAGAUCCAGGCACUGAAAAAUCAGUUGCAGGAGCGGGACAGAAUGCUUCAUUCCCUGGAGAAAGAAUAUGAGAAAACAAAAAGUCAAAGAGAAAUGGAGGAGAAAUUUAUCGUUAGUGCCUGGUACAACAUGGGGAUGACUCUGCAUAAAAAAGCAGCAGAAGACAGACUGGCUAGUACAGGCUCAGGACAAUCCUUCCUGGCUAGACAAAGGCAAGCCACGAGCACAAGGAGAUCUUACCCUGGUCAUGUCCAGCCAGCAACAGCAAGGUAGAGAAGCCUUGCCCUUAGAAAGAAAAUUGCCCUGUGAUCCAGGCCACUUCUAUUGCAAGUGACAACAUUCAAGGAAAAUAAACCAGCAUCCUUUCUCUUUCUCCCUUGUUACUGCUAUUAUUUUACCAUUCAGGAAAGGGUUAUAUUAUGCUUUCUCAUUGCUCUGUUAUGCCCCUUGCUUAUAUUUUUUGGAGUUCAUUUCUCUCUGCGUUUUCUGAAUGUGCCAAAAUUUUGAAAACAUCUAGAGGAGUGCUGUAUAAUAACAGUCUUAUUUGUAUGAAGCCUGGUCUCUUACAAAAAACUCAUGUGGACCGUAUGACAAUGUAGAUUUCUUAUCACAGUUGGUACUUUUGUGCCUGUAAGGGUUGUUACGCUUUAUAAGACUGUUUUUGUUCAAAGGGAAUUUGCUUUUUAUUUCAUCUCCUAUCCUGUUGCUUCAGAAAAAUGCUGAAAUCUCAUUACAGACAUGCAAAGUUGGAUUAUAAUACUGUUGUGAAAUAUAUUUAAUACUAAAAAUUCACCAAUGCAAAAAGAAAGAUUGGGGAUUUUUUAAAUCUUCUAAGUUCAAAGUUUGCUCUUAUUCUUGGCAUUUAUUGAAGUAGGAUGAUCUUUUUCCAGAUUUUUCUUUAUCAACUGGUGUUACCUCUUUUGCUGGUAGAGAUGUGUAUUUUCAAAUGAUUUAUUCCACUCUUCUUUGUCAAGCAUAUGCUUAGAUACAUAUUCUAAAAAGGUGGAGAAGUAUUUAGGAUGUGCUAAUCUGCUACUCUAUCAUCCAUUUAAAAAGGACAUUUGUUUUAAAAUUUUAUGAUUAUGGAUGAACAGUAUGUAAUGGAUCAAGGCCCCAGUUAAUAUUGUUAAUGUAUUCCAGUUGUCAUCCCCUACUAAAAUACUUACUUUUAAUAUAUUGAUUCAGGGUAUAAUUGUAUCAGUUGCCUUACUAAUGGUACCAGUGCCUUCAGGUGAGUUUAUUGCUGACUUUGUUGGAAACUGGCUGUGAUUUGUACUGCCUUUUUAGUGCAUAGCUGAUUAAUUGUUGUAACACCUUCAUGUUGUUCAAUGGAUGGAGACUCCUCCUAUUUAGGUUCUGUUCCUACAAAGUUGUGCUUCUUUUCCUGACCAAUUCUAUGCAUUCCCUACCAUUUUUGUCAGAGUCGAUGGACAUAGAGAACCUAAGUAUUGUCUGACAGGAAGUUUCAUAUUUAUACAUCUUAUUGUGAUUCGGUUUUAAAUUUAGAGACUGAUUUUAAAUUUAGGUUUUUCUUUAGAGACUGUUUGGACUCUAAUGCACGGGCAGUCGGUUUAUAAAUUUAUUCUUUCACUUGAUUUUAAGGUCCUUAUAAGUGGAUGCCUUUUUUUUUGCAUAAAUCCCUUUAGAGAAAAGAUACUAGCAUUUAUCAAUCAUCUGAAUGUCUGUUUUAAUUUUAACUUGGGUAGAAUGAGCAAUGGAUAAUUAAAACAAGCACACCUAGAUUAAAAGGUAAUAAACAGGUGAAUUACAUUUUUAGGUACUAUUGUUUUAUCCUCAAGUGCAUCAUCUGUUUUAAUCUGGGCUAAGAAAUGCAUUCAGUAUGUGUCUGAAAAAUAUUUUCAGUUCCAGUUACACCCCCACACGCACCCCCACGCACCCCACCCAGAAAACAGAUGCUGAAUUCUACGUAUAGUUUUGUAUUUUAUUCCUCACAUUUGAGAAAAAUGGUUUUCUAAAAGUUUUCUGUACUUAUGCCGUAUAUAACUGGUGUGGGCUUGCAAAAAUAAGAUGAGACAUGGCAAGUUUCUUGUGUGCAGAAAGAUAACAAUGCAAAGGAAGUUGUGGGUAAUUUCUGUAGCUCAGUGAGGUGAUAUGCUCAAUCUGCUGUCUCUUACUGAGAUACAAAAUGCAUUCUGCACUCAUCUAAAUGAUUACAGUUGAUGUGCGAAAGUGUUUACUUAUUUUGUUGUGCAAUUGAUUUUAAUCACUUGAAGAACUCUUUACUACGUGCUGUAUGUGAACAGGAGCAAGACCACUCCUCUAAGGGAAUUUGGUGCUCCUGUUUGAGGUUACAGCAUUUUAUAUCACCCAGAGCAAGAACCUAAGAAUACCUAAAGCUCUAUUUUAAUUUUAAUCUAGCUAAUUUCUCUGUUACAAAACUGCCAAGGGCUAUUUGUGAAAGAAUGGGAUGGAACCUUAAUGGGAAGUUCUAUCUCUCAAUUUUGUCUUAUAAUCUAAUUACUUAUUGCUGUUAGUUAGGUGGAGAUCCAAAAGAACUUGAACACAAUCAGCACACUAGAAUGAAAGUAAUUGCUUUUAUAAUUAUUAUGUUAAUAUUUGUUUUACUGUUUUGCCUCCAAAGUUUUGAUGACAGGCUAAUACCAUUGAGAGUUAGGAGAUGAACAGAUGCUGGUUAGAAGCCUCGUCUUAGGCUUUUACUUUCCAGUCUCUCAUAGCUUCUUUUGCUUCUUGGUCGUUGUUGGCUUUUCUCCUCUUUGUGAUUCUGUCUUUCCUUUUCCCUUGAAGAUAAGACACUGAAGUGUUUUCUGGAGUUCUCUUCAAAAAUAGAUAGCAUUAUAUAGCAUCAAAGAGCAACACAAAAUUCAUAUUGCAUCUGAGCUUUAUUGUUGCCCAUGGUAGUUGUUAGGCAAAUGAACAAUCAUUUCAUCUUUGAGAAUUUACAAACAUGCAGAAAUUCUGUUAUUUCCCAGAAUUUGUGCUGAAUAUAAAAACCUAAAAAUGUACUGCACUCUUUAAAAAAUAUACUCAGUUGCUGUCUGGUUCUGGUAAGUCAUUUGUUAUGUCUUCUAUUAGUAAUUAAGAGGAGUUCAAUCCUUUUUUCUUCAGUGCUUUACUUCUUUAAUUUGCUGCAUACAUCCAUUCUUAGUCUUUGAGAGUGGAUGAAUUCAAGUGGUGAACAUCAUUAAACCUUCUCUUUCACAAGAACAGCUUCUUUAUUCAAAGGGUUCAGCUUCAUUAUUUUGCUUGCUUGUUAUGUAUCUUUGUAAUCAGUGUGUUUUAAGAAAAAGAAGGAGCUCAGACUGUGACUCCAGGGAAUAAAUACGUAUAUAGGGGAGCAACCAGUGUAUGUUCCCUAUUUGUCUUGAGUAACUCAAGAAUAUAAGUAAAAGCCCCAGCCUAUGGAGCAGAAUUUUCUCAGCACAUUAGAUAGUUCUGAGAAGUUUUUAGGAAUACUUUUUUCCCCUGGGGCAAGAAAGACUAUUUACGUUGGAAUUGUAGUGGUAAUUACUAAGCCAUUGCUGUAUCCUGUCCUAACACACCACAGAAAAAAAAUCCCACAACUGAGCUUAAAGAGAAAAGGUUCUCCAGAUCAGAGGUAAGACAGCUGAGGAGUUCAUGAGAGUACUUUUCUGGGCACUGUGCUGAGGUAUCUGCCCUCAGAUCUUUCUUACAGAUCUUAAUCUACAGAUCUGCCCUUAAUCUUUCUUAUAGAUUUUAAUUAAUGACAAUAAAAGAUAGCAGAAAAAUGGUUUUUUUAGGAUAAAUAUUUUCAUUGUUUAGAGCUGAAGCUUAGUUCCUGACCUAAAAGGAUGAUGGGUUCAGAUGUACAGUCCAGGUCAUGUACUUCUGUGGAGAGUUGAGUUUUUAGCAUAUCCAGUCAGACAUUACCGGAAAAAAAUAUUUCAAAUUCCCUCUUUUCUUCAUAGCAACACAUAACCACUUGGAUCAUAACAUGUAUUUUGUAAGUGCUGUCAAAACUGAAGUAAUUUAAUUUAAAGGUUGUGUGUUCCAUCCACAGUGCAAAGACGUCUCCCCUCAGAGAGAAACUCCCCGAGAAAAAAGAAGUGUAGCCAGAUGCUACACUCCUCUCCCGACUUCAGCCACUUUCUUUUGUCUUUCCCAAGUACCCAUAAGUAUUCAUAAGUACCCAGUAGUUCCUUUCUAGCAACUUACUGGGAAAAAAUUCCAUAAGUAAAAGAAAAAAAAAAAAAAGAAACCCAGCCCCCAAAAAAAGGUAAACACACAUCUGGAACAUACAACUUUGCUUAUACAAAAUGAAAUAAAUAUAUAAUGGCUACAAGAUACCUUUCAUUUUGUUUGGAAAUAAUCAAAUGGCAUUCUUGUCCUGUUCAAGUGUCACUUGUGUUAGCAGUAAUGCUUCUGCAAGUUUUUUGUGGCUCUCUGUUCUGUAAGGAGCCACUGGCAUUUUUAUAUGUGUAUGAAAGAAUUAACAGUGAAUAUUCCUAUUAAUGCUUUAUUAUGAUCUCAAAUAGUAAGUGGUAUGUGUAAGCUGUCAAGAAAAUUUAAGUUUUUUUGCAAUUUUAAAGUCCUUGGUAUUUUGACUUGUGCAAAUAGCUUUUGCUUUUCCUGUAUAUGAAACUUUGCUUUCUCCAGUAUAUGAGACUAUACACUUAACAGCUUCCUGAAUGAUUUUGAGUGAGUUUAAUUUUCCCAAUGUGUUGACAUUUUCUGUGAUUUGGUAGUUGUAAGAUAUUUUAAUGUCAUCACUGGAUUUUCUUCUUCUUAGUGAUUUGGAGGCAGACUACCCUGAAUGUGGCUAACUUUCCUUUUUCUUAUGAAGCAAAACAGUAUUUCAGUUUUACUUACUGUAUAGAGAUUUUUUUAUUCUUGCCCAACAUGUUGAGUUUUUGCAAGGAUUGAUGAGGGAGGUAUUUUUGCACUCAGUCAGCUAUGCAAUACUGACUUCUUUUUGGGUUUUGCACAUGUGUUUUAGGUAGAAUGUGGACUCUGUGUUUUGCAGUAAGAUUGUACUGAUAAACUCUCCUAAACAUAUUUAGCAGGCAUUUUCCUCACCAAGGAUUGCAUAAAUAAGUAGAUGAAAAGAUCUAUCAGGAUAUACUUCCAAGUGGUGAGGAGUUUUGGAGCAAAUGUCAUAUUCUAGGUAGGAUCCUAGCCAUGCCUCCAGUUUGUCACUCUUAAGGAAUCAAGAACAUAUCCUGGCAUGGCUGAUUGGAUUGCCUUACUCCUGUGGUCCUCCUUCCCUCUGCAAGUCCAGAAAAGUAGCAGAAGUUUGUCAGUGAUCUUGCAGGUUAUGACUAACAAUAAGGCAUGAUUUCUUUGGUCUGAAAGUGGAGGAGGCAGAUGCAAGCAACUAGUCAGUACAAAAAUCAGAAGAGCAUUCUUUCAGCAUUUUGUAUUUGGUUUUCAAUUCAAAACAAAUGAAGAAGAACCUGAGCUUAUUGAGCUAGAAAGAAGAUUUUUAUCUUUUUAAUUCAAUUUUAAUUUUAAUUGAGUAACUAUUAGAGGUUUUACCCAUAUAUAAGGUAGAAGUGUCAUUAUCAGCCACUACAACCUCAGACUUCUUGCAUCUGGUACAGUGAAACCCUGUAAAGUUUUACUCUGCUACCAGCUCCAUUGAACCAUUUGGAGACACUGAGGACUUAGCUAGUUUAAUCCUAUGUUUUUCUUUGAUUUUUUUUUUUCAUUAAGAUACUGGGAUAUAAAGUACACUUUUAAAAUGUAUCAGCUCAUUGAAUUAGGCAAUGAAUGAAUGUUGAUUGGAGGGCUCUAGGAAACUUGACAAAUCGUACCAUCCCAUGGGCACUGAAACAGCACGUGACUGUAGCCAAGACAGCUUCCCAGGCAAAUUGUCCUGGUGUCAGAUGGUAGUCAGUGGAUCAGUAGGAGCUUGUGCUGACUGCUGUAAUUGAAAUCCUCAUCUUCUGGAGGAUGGUGUUAGUGUGAGCUUCACUGUGAUCCAGAUUCUAUCUUCACCUUUGGGCCUUGCCAAGGUAGUGCAGGACUACCCUGAAGCAUAUUUCUGCAUUAGUUGGCUCUGGUGGCAAAUUGGAGUUUGGUCUGCAGCUGUUUGCUGUGCAUGUUAAGUAGUUUGGAAAAUUGCAUAUCCUUCAGUUUCCUUUGCAUAUGGUGUCAUUUCCAGACUGAAAACAGAUUCCAUUUGUCAGAUAAAAAUUUCUUGUGGCUGUCUUGCUGCUAUGGGUCUCAGAGACUGAUACAUACAGCAUGAAAAAUACUGAUGGUAGAGGGAAAUAGAGGUCAGUUGGGCAGCCUUUCCUUUCUGGUGCUGACUUUAUUAAUUGCUUUGCAUUAGAGAGGUCCUUUGCAAUCAGAUGAGGUGAUUUCAGGAAGAAGAAUGGUGGUUUCUUUAAUUGUUAAAAAAGCAGACACUUGUCAGCAUUGUGAAGAGCUGCUAACUACUGUAGCAUGGCACACGUCUGAAACACUACAAAAGGAAGUAUUUCCACUUGGUGUAGAUUACAGUAUAGAGGUAUAGAGUAAUUUAUUCAGGAAAUGGAAAUUUAAUCCCUAAUUAUUAUACAUAACUUGAAGAGAAAAGAGCUAACAUAAAGUCCAGUUGUUACUGUUAGCAUGCUCAUGUUGUUAACCCAGUGGUGUAGUAUUUAUGGAGUUACAGAAUAGUUGUAAUGAGACCAUCAGACUUUUGAUUUGGAUUUGAAUGUAAAAUCAGCUAUAUAAUUUAAAAUAUUAUAAAGCAGAGGUUAUUGUUCACAGCCACAAAAGGUUAGUAAGCUGGAGAGUAAACUUGUUUCCUGGAGGCAUCAGUGGUUUUGAGAGCAAUUUUAAAGCUUUUGUUUAGCAGUAUCAGUAAAGUAUCAGAAUAAUUGUAAGCAUAACAUUAUAAGGCCACAAUUUUUAAAAUUUAUAAUCUGCUUUGUAUUCUCUUUGUCAGUCUCUAAGAUGCUGCAGAUGCAGUGACAGGUUAUGCUCAGUGAAUUUACCCUCAUAUCUUGCAUUUCUGUUUUCUUCUAUGUCUUGCUACCUCAACAGGUGGCUUUAAAAUAGAGAAAUUGGUAAACAACUAUUUUUAGAACAUGGUGAAAAUUUCUAGUCAGGAAAGGGCACUAAGAGAUGAAUUUUUACAUCCUUGAAAGUUAAUACAGUGUCCUGAGUUUACAAGACCUCUCAAAAGUACUGACUCAAAGAGAAGCCUGGAGUGUCACUUCUGUGUAUGUGCAACAUACUCUUAAAGGACACUUGAAGUGCUACUAAAUAGUAAGUUUGAGCUAAAUAAUAGCCAGAUGAGACUAAAGGAGUAGGUUAUAUUCAUUUAUACACAAUAGAAUAGGUACAUGCUUAUGUAGCUUGAACUUUUUAUUUUUUAUAGAACAACUACAGUGAUCUUCAUAUUAAUCCUGAACUGUGUAACUUUAUGCACCAAGCAGUGCCAAGCAAGUUUAAAAGACGAUGAUUGCUCAAAAUACACACCCUCAAGGUCUUUGAAUGUGUUGAAUGUGUUAAAUUUUUUUUAUUCCAUUUGAUAUGUGUCUCUGUGUUUCGAUUUGUUUUUCUGUUGUGGUUAGUAUUCCGAGUGGAUGAAUGAGAAGGAAAAAAAGAGGGAUACACAAGCUACAGGACUUGUAGCAUAAAUACUCUUUUCUGUCUAUUUAACCUGGAUUGUCCCAUCACAAAACGCAUUCUUAGAAUCAUUUUUGACCAGUGCAAUACAGGGGAGAAGGAAGUUGGGAAACAGGCUCUAAUUUCAGUUUGGUGAAGCCAAUUUGCUCUUUGCAAUAUGAAAACAAAAAUGCCCAUUUAGUGCUGUGCCAGUGCUGUGUAGGGACAUCUGUGUUACCUGGGGAAAGCAGCUGUGUCAAUAAAGCAUUCCAUUCCAGUUACGCUGGAAUGUACACAGGAAGAAGGAUGCAUCAGUGAGGAUGGAGUACUGUGCCAACCUCUCUGAUUCCCUUCCAAACUUAGAUUCCCUUCCUCAGCAUUGUGGUGUGCUCUCUUGACUGUUUGGUGACUCUGACUCAGCUUCUUUAACAAGAACAUGUAUCGUUUUCUGGCAAUUCAAACCUGUAUUUGCAUGCAAGGGAUAGAACUUGCCGCUGCAGUGGGGCAGUGAUGCUGAGCCUCCUGCACAGGAUGAGCUCUGAUGAAAUUUAAAUGCCUUCAGUGGUGCUUAGAGCUCAAGAGAGUUGAUGUGACUCUGAUUGUAUUUUGGCGUGUAAACACAUGCAGAAAUGGGUGGGCACCUUUCACUUUAUCUUGCUUUAACAGUUGUACUCACUCACAGACAGCAGGAAUGCCUGAGACUUGCUCAUUGCUGUGUAAACUUACUUUCCAUAGCUAUAUUAGUUGAGAAUGGUGCCCUGAAGAAUUUUACUCAGAAGUGUGUAAAGUUCAAUUACAGCUAAACUUAGAUAUUGACCAAGGUUAUUUUGUUGCUUUUCCAGUUAUUGGCUUGUAACCUUCCUGUUAAUUUGAACAGUUGCUUAGCAAAGGUAUUUUCCCCGUGAAUUUGCACAACUCUUAAGUAGAGGUGACCUUACUAAACUGCUUUUAAAAAUACCUGUUCUGUUCUCUGUUUGGUUUUUUUGGGGUUUUUUUUGUUUUGUUUUUUUCAACAAUAAUAUGUUUUCUGCUUUUUAACUUUCUUCUUUAUUCUUUUAUUUGCAGUGAUGUGGUUGCAUGACCUGCAGCAUUAUUAUAACAGGGACUGUUCAGUGCAUGACUUGCUUUUCUGUCCAGACUACAUAACCAAAACUUAACCAGUUCUACACUUAAGACUCAUGGCCAUCUGAUUUCAAAGGGGGAUCUACUUGCAGAGAAGCUUACCAUCCUUGGGAGUGGCUUUCCCAUUUCCCACUUCCACUUACUCUUUCUCUUCACAAAAAGUCUCCUAUGAGGCUAGAAGAGAGGAAAUCCUGUAUUCACAACUCAACAGGAGGCAUUCUGCAGAGUGACAGAGCAGUGUCAGCUCUCCAUCUUACUUCCGCCUGUCCACUUUGUUUAAUUCUGAUUAACAGUAUUAACCCACAGACUUCCUGCAACAUUUUCAUAUACAGAACUAUAAAAAUCUAGUCUUAACAAGUUCCUAAAAAAGGCCUUUUGGUUACUGUUAAAAUUUCAAAGCACCCGCACCCUUAAAGGAUCCACUUUGAAUCUUUAAACAGAUAAAGUAAAGCGAAGGAGGUGUUUUACCAGGAGAAAUGACUAAUGAAUUGCUGCUUGGCGAUCCCAUCUUCCUUAGAAAACCAAGCAAGUUUCACCUGAUAAUCUCCGAGCCAGGCAAACUACCGGGUGGUAUUUUGUUCACAGGCACUGCCUGCUUCCUUAAUAUGUAUAUACACAGUAGUUUGUGGCUGUUGUAUUUUUCUCUCUACAUUUGAGCUGUGUUGUUGGUUUCUUUCGGAAACUUUUUUUUCCAAUCUGUAUACAAUUGUUAAAACAAUCUGAGAAAAGACCAUGAAUGGAGAUAAGUAUGAAAGUCAUCUACACUUUCAGUAUUAUGCAGACUGUCCUUGCCAGUUUAUAAUUUGGAUCGUUUAUCUUUCACUUGUACUGUUUUUUUCCUUUCUUUUUUUCUUUCUCUUGUCACAGUCUUAGCUGUUUAAUUUCCAAUUGCACUAGCUUGGCUAUUUCUUUGUAUUUUGAAGUUUAGAUAUAAGAUUUGCCAUAUGUAGACAGUGUAACUCAAAAUGCUUUGUACUGCCUAUAUUAAUUUAAAAAGCUGCUUAUUUAAUAUUCCUAAAUAUCUGCACAUUUGUACUACUGUAUCUUUGUUUUGUAUUGGACAUCCAGUACCGGCAAGAUUCAGAAGACAAGGGAGUGCUGUAGUGUUGUAAGUUAAGAGGUUUAUUGUAUAGGAGUUAGUGCAUAACAAACAGGGAAAGGGGCUUUCAAGCCGUAGGAUUUGCUUGAAAAACUGAAAAGUCUGAAUGCUGCGUACCGUAAGAGGUUUGAUUUAAAUCCAGUUAAAGAGAAACCCCAUUCUUGCUCACCUGGAUCUUAAUCCUGGCAGAAGUAUUGAUAUGAACUGUGCUGCCUCCAGGAAUAGUUUUACUUACUUGGCAGUAGAAGAACCUCCAGCCCUGUUUGCCGUGGUAGCACCCCCACGCUGAAGAAGCGUUGUGUGCACUUGUCUCUGCAGUCUCUUCUGGUCAUACACACAGUGCCUGCCUCGUCCCUGGCCCGUCAGGUGGUCUUUGACAGAGCCACACCUCAGGCGCAGAGACACCCGCUUGUGUCUAGUCCUCAGGGAUGCAGAUCCCAUAGUGUCCGUGGCCUUGUGCAGAAUGACGUGGAGACGGGACAGACGCGUGCCCCACCAGAGCAUGGUGGUCUGUGUUGCCUGGCAAAGAGAUGGGCAGGUAGGAAUGGACUCCCAGCAUGCCAGGCAGCAGAGUGAAGGAUAAAACUAGGAUCCCAGUGAGAGCUGUGGUGUUUUCCCUUCUGGAUACUGUAUCAGGUACUGUGGCUACCAGGUGCUCUGGCUGACAGCUGUCCGUAAAGGCUUCAGAUGGGGAUAUAUGUCUUUCCUGGUCCACCAGGGCCAGGGACAGUGAAGUCUUACGUGGCCUGCAGCCAGGAUCUGGGGUUUGGUGAUAAUGAGUCAAGUACUCAUGCAGCAGAGGCAGCAGCAUUUUAUCAGACUGAGUCCAGCAGAGAGCUGAAAGAUUUGUGUCUUUCCAGGUCCUAGCCAUUGAUCCCUUGUUAUGUGUCAGGGCAAGUGUUACUAGUAAAACUUCUUUUAGUUGGGUGUUAAAGGCAUGGUAUGUUUUUCAUUUGCUAGUGCUGCUUCGGCUGGGACCACACCCUGCCCCAAGCUAGGCUGGGUGCAGGAUCCCUGAAAUCAGGGCACUGUGCUGGGCAGGAGGGGAUUGCUUUUUUUGUGCACCUGCCUCCACAGCUGUCCCAAAGUGAUGCCGAGCAGUACCUCAUUUCUCCAAGUGGUCUGUGCAGAUUAGAGACUAAGUAUCAGUUGUUCUUGAGCCUUGAUGACAUUUAUAUGUAAGUGUGUUUAGCUUGACAAAAGUUGUUUGAGUUUACUAAUGCAACAGAGAGAUGCCAGGUGGAGCCAGUCAAGGAGCUGGCUACUUUAACUAGAUUAGCCUGGCAUCUCUGUCAUGAAGUGGUUGUGAGCUCUCAACUCAGAGCUGAUCUCCAGCAUGUCUCUGAUAUACUAACUUCAUUUGUGCUGCAUAGAAAACUCUCAUACCUUCUUAAUAGCAGCUUGUUUGACAGUCCUGAAUUAAAUGUUGAUCAAUUAUCAAAGUAAUAACUGUUUGUGAAGUUGCCAGUGAUAUAUUUUCUGUAAAAGAAUGAAUUCUUAGAGUGUCAAAACAUUAAUUUCCCAUUUCAGUUCAUCUACAAAUUGUGUAACUACCAGAUUGUUAUGGUAGCAAUAUUAAUAUACAUACCUGUAUAUAGACGAAAAAAACCUCAUUAAUGAUAAUUGGAAUCAAAAAGUUUAAUAUUUUUUCCCAGUCAAAUACACUAAUGCUUCCAAGGUGAUAGAAGAGUGUACAGUUGUUAAACAAGUUGUAAAUAAACGCUUAUAUAAAAUGUAAA